UUGGCGCGCGCGAAAGAAGGGAUGCCGGUCAGGCGUGGCUUGGGGUUGUUGAAUAUCCGAGCUGAUAAUGCACGGGGAGCAUGUAUAUAAAGAGGCUGAUUGGAGACGAUAAGCGGGCAUCAGCGGUUAGCGAGGGGAAGCGCGGAUGAAGCUGAGCUCGUGCGCGGCCACGUGCUGACUUUCUGAAUCGGGUCACAUUGACGGCGCGCACCAUGACGGAGGUCGGCGGAUUCCUCGGCACCAUCGACCUGGAUUUACCGACUUUCACGGCGCUCGGGAACACGCCGCUGUCCGACUCGCCGGCCGGGUUGAACGAGCGCCUCGGGCUGAUCGAGGGCAGACUGCGGCGCGGCUCGCUCACGGACUUCGAUCAUCUCAAAGGCUUCCUGCGCAGGAGGCAACUGUACUGCAGGAUCGGCUUUCAGCUGGAGAUCUUCCCCAACGGCACAGUGCACGGCACCAGGCAGGAUCACAGCAGAUUCGGUAUCCUGGAGUUCAUUAGUCUGGCUGUGGGGCUGGUCAGCAUAAGAGGGGUGGAUGCCGGACUUUAUCUGGGAAUGAAUGAAAAAGGAGAGCUCUAUGGGUCGAAAAAGCUGACGGCGGAGUGUGUCUUCCGUGAGCAGUUCGAAGAGAACUGGUACAACACUUACGCCUCGACGCUGUACAAACACACCGAUCCAGAGAGGUACUACUACGUGGCCUUGAACAAGGACGGUUCACCUCGAGAAGGCAGCAGGACUAAAAAGCAUCAGAAGUUGACCCACUUCCUGCCCAGGCCAGUGGAGAUCGAGAAGAUCGCCCAAGCGUACAGGGAUUUGUUCCAGCACAGGUGACCAAAAGUCCAGCCAGGACUGGAGGAGCGGGGAGGGGUGAACGGGGAAUCUGAAAGAAACUUAAGGUUUUUACGGAGACCCUCCUUUUCUUCCCUCACGACUGUUUAGAUUUGCCUUCUGGUCCAAAGCAAGGAGUCCCUCUCCAGCAGUGACUGAGAUAAACAGUACGUGUGUGUUCCUGGAUGGAUCUGUUUCCUCUCCUUAAUGGGUUUCAAACCACAGUGCAGAGAGGACAUUCCUCUAUCCACCACCAGUGCCAAGAGGUUUCUAAGGGAGAGGUGUUGACUUCAGGGGCCUUGUGGUGUCAUGCAACCACCUCAUCCUCAGAUAACUUAGUAGUCACUAAAAAAAAGAGAGAAAAAAUUCCUAAGGAACCACUCACGAUGGAAAGAACCACUUGCGAGCUAUGCUCCAGAUUUGGUGUUGGCCAUUUCAGUACGUCUUAAACAUUUGCCAGGGUGAAACUCGGAUGCUUGUCACUUCUAGCAACAAUAGCACCAUUGAACUCAAGCACAGGCGCUAAUCCCACUGUGAGUGUCUGUGUAAACCCAUGCUCACCUUUAUAAGGCGGUAGGCAUACCCAGUGAGCUUCGCCAAGGGACCAUGGUGCUGAUCCAUUGGUGAAAGCAAAUGAUUACGGGAACAUUUAUUUAGGUGGACGUGGACAAUUUCUUUAAAAAAAAAAAAAAAAUACAGUGGCAUCUCACUAAGAG